CACUAGUACUGUAGUAACACUGUGAUGUCACUUCCUGUCAGUUUUGCUCACCUGAUCAACCUGGAGUUCUUUGACGACCUGCUCAAUGGUGCUUCAGAACCUCAUCCAGUCAGGAGAUCUGACCAAUCGGGAGAGGUCUCCACUGCAUCCAGACAGUUUUCACCAUCCUGUCAGGACAAGGUGACGUUCUGAACAUCGACCCUCUCACCUUUUACUCUCAGCUCUACAAAAUGCUGCUGCAGCUGCACGCAGGGGCGCCCAGUGAUGACAUCAUCAUUUGUGCUGCGGUGCCUGGACGUAAUGCUGACCCGCCGCAGGAAACAGGUGACCCCUGCAGAGGGCGAUGGCAUUCAUCAAACGACUGAGCACGCUCAGUCUGCACGUGCUGCCCAACGCCAGCGUGGGGAUCCUCGCCUCCAACAGAGCCACCAUGCAUUCCUUCCCAAAGUGUGAUUUCCUCCUGGAUAACGAGGUUCAGGGCAGCGGCUUCUACCUGCCGGAGCUGGAUGAACCUGAACACUGCAACGCUCAGAACACAGCACUGUGGGAGCUACACACACUGCAGAGACAUUACCACCCGGCGGUGCGUCAGUUCGCGGCUCACCUGUGUCAGGGAGCUCCCAGCGAAGGGUCGGCGGCGCUCGGAGUGCAGCUGAGCCGCAGGUCUCCGGUGGAGCUGUUUGGUGAUUACAGUGUCAGAGACAUGACCUUUAACCCCCCGGUAGCACCGCCCGGCACAAAGAAGAAGGAUCGAACGAUCGGAGCCACGCUGCUGGACACCGAGCUGCAGAGACGAGUCCAGAGCGUCCUGACCGCUGCCGAGGAGACGCAGCUGGACUUUACAGCAACACAACACACAGCACACACACCCACCCAUCACUGACACACACACACAUACACACACACACACACUUUGAGGUUUCCCCUGGUUUUGUUUGUUCUGAAUUCUUAAAUGAAUAAAAUUAU